AUGUUCAAGGUAGACAUCGCCGCACUCAGGAAAACCUGUUUCUUUGACGAAGGCCACGUGGAGGAGGUGGGUAUCAGUUACACUUUCUUCUGGUGUGGCCGCCCAAAGGCAAAGCGACGCGAUACUGGCGUCGCCUUUGCCAUCCGAACCGAAUUCGUGGGACAUCUGCCUUGUUUACCGCAGGGCAUCAAUGAUCGCCUGACAAGCCUCCACGAAGUGGCAAAUUCGCCACCAUCGUCAGCGCCUGCGCCCUCCCCCUCAAUGACCAGCUCCGACGAGACAAAGAACAAGUUCUACGAGGAUCUGCACGCCCUCCUGGCGACUGUGCCGAAGGCGGACAAGUUGAUUGUUCUUGGUGACUUAAACGCUCGCGUCGGCUCAGACCACCUUGCCUGGAGAGGAGUGCUGUGUCCCCACGGUCUCAACGACAGUGGCCUGCUCCUCCUGCGUAGAACACCGCCUCGUCCUGACCAACACCUACUUCUGCCUCCCGCUGCAGCACAAGGCGACCUGGAGGCACCCCCGAUUUCAACACUGGCACUUCCUGGACAAUGUCCUCGUCCGGCGGCGUGA